UCUCUUCUCCAUUGAUCUAGGUCACUGCAAACUACGGAGCAGGAGGAAGAAAUGAAUGUGAGCUUUAAGCCCGACAUUAUGUUUCGUCUGCUUUCAGUCAGCUGUCUCUGUGGACUAGAAGAAAAAACAAUGAUGUGCUAAUUCAGGAAGUGGACUGACAACUCAGUUCACUGCUGGAGUCUCUCUGUGUGUGUGUUGUACUUCCUGUUUUGUCAGUCAUGAGAGUGGUUUGUAUUCUGUGCUAAUGCUCAGCAUUUCUGAGUUACCGGUGAGCCUGGCUGAAAAUGAAUGUUUUGGAGGAAGAGGAGGACAGUGUACAAUCUCUCUGUUUUCCUAUGAAGAGAGACCUUUCCAUAAAUGACAGUGAACCUGGACCUGCAGACACAAAAGGUCAGCAGCCCAGGCGCAGAACAGCGUCUGUAGGAUCAGAGUGUCUGUCAGUGAACAGUAACAUCUCCAAAGAUGAUCCUCCAUUCUUCAGUAAUGAACCUGGACCUUCAAACACAAAAAAAGGAACAGAGACUUCAGGAUUCGACUCUCUGUCUAACGUUUCCAAAGACGAGCCUAUGCACUUCAGUAAUGAACCUGAAGUCUCAAACACAAAGGGUCAGCAGCCCAGAUGCAGCCCAGCGUCUCCAGGAUCAGAGUGUCUGUCUAUGAGGAGUGACUCUUCCAAACUUGACCCUAUAUCGUUUAAUAAUGAACCUGGACCCUCGGACACAAAAGAGAAGACAAAGGAUCCUGUUUCCCACUGUGGAGAAACAGCCAGGUUUGGACAACAUAUAGGUGGUCAGAGCAACACUGUGCAAACAGUUGCUGGUCUGCAGGAGCUUUUAGAUGAACAUAAGUUCAGUCUAAGGAAGAGAUGUGAAACUGUAACUGAAGGAUCUGAAGAAACAGGAAGAAGAACUCCCCUGAACAGAAUCUACAUAAACCUUUACAUCACAGAGGGACAGAGUGAAGACGUUAAUACUCAACAUGAAGUGAGGCAGCUGGAGACAGGUUCCAAGAUGAAGACCCUCCAUGAAAUUCCAAUUAAGUGUCAUGACAUCUUUAAAGCCUUAUCUGAGAAAGUGAUCAGAGUGGUUCUGACCUACGGUGUUGCUGGCGUUGGAAAAACCUUCUCAGUGCAGAAGUUCACUCUGGACUGGGCAGAAGGUUUGGAAAACCAAGACAUCAGUGUGGUGAUUAUGCUUUCAUUCAGGGAGCUGAACCUGAUCAGAGAUGGGCAGUAUAGUCUCCUGGAGCUGCUCCAGGUUUUCCAUCCAACAUUACAGAAGGUCACAGCAGAGAAGCUGGCUGUCUGUAAACUUUUGUUUAUAUUUGAUGGUCUGGAUGAAAGCAGACUUUUACUGGAUUUCACUAAGAGGAGCGUCAUGUCUGAUGUCACACAGAAGUCAACGGUCACGAAUCUGCUGACAAACCUCAUUGAAGGCAGACUGCUUCCUACGGCUCUCAUCUGGAUAACUUCCAGACCAGCAGCAGCCAAUCAGAUCCCCCCUAAAUGUGUUGACCGUGUCACUGAAGUGCGAGGUUUCACUGAUGCUCAGAAAGAGGAGUACUUUAAGAAGAGAUUCAGUUAUGAAGAGCUGUCCAGCAAAAUAAUUUUCCACAUCAAGUCAUCCAGGAGCCUCCACAUCAUGUGUGGAAUCCCAGUCUUCUGUUGGAUCACUGCUACAGUUCUGGAGCACAUGUUGACUGGAGGGCAGAGAGAAGAGCUGCCCAAGACCAUGACCGACAUGUACUCACACUUCCUGCUGGAUCAGACCAAGAGGAAGAUUCAGAAGUACCAUAAGGCUUCUACUCCUGAAGCUCUUCUGAAGCUUGGGAGGCUGGCAUUUGAACAUCUGGACAAAGGAAACAUCAUGUUCUACCAAGAAGACUUGAAGCACUGUGGUCUGGAUGUCACAGAGGCCUCGGUGUACUCGGGACUUUGUACAGAGAUUUUCAAAAAAGAGUGUGUGAUCUUCCAGAAACCAGUCUACUGCUUUGUUCAUCUGAGCAUUCAGGAGUUUCUGGCUGCCGUUUACAUGUUCCACUGUUUCACCAGUAGACAGAGCAAGAUCCUGGAGGAUUUCCUAAUCCCUAAGUUUUCUAGGAUGUCUAGGAAUUUUGGAAAUAAAACUACCCAUGUGCUAUUUUUAGAUGACUUUCUGAGCAAAGUUAUGGAGAAAUCUCUCAAAAGUAAAAAUGGUCACCUGGACCUUUUUGUCCGCUUUCUUCAUGGCCUUUGUCUGACGUCCAACCGGAGACUUUUAAGAGACCUGCUAGGUCGGACAGAGAGUAAUCCAGAUAGCAUCCAGAAAGUCAUCAGCAACUUGAAGGAGAUAAACACCCAAAAAAUAUCCCCUGACAGAAGUCUCAACAUUUUCCACUGUCUGAUGGAGAUGAAUGACCUCUCAGUACAUCAGGAGGUCCAAGAGUUCCAGAAGUCAGGAAAGAGAUCACAGAGACUUUCUGUUAUCCACUGCUCAGCUCUGGCCUACAUUCUCCAAAUGUCAGAAGAGGUUGUGAAUGAACUGAACCUGGGUGAAUAUAACACCACACUGGAGGGCAAACAGAGACUCAUCCCAGCUGUGAGAAAUUGCAGAAAGGCUCAACUGAAGGGUUGUAGGUUGUCAAAGGCCAGCUGUGCUUCUCUGGUCUCAGCUCUUAAGUCCAACCCCGUCUAUCUGAGAGACUUGGACCUGAGUGACAACACACUGCAAGAUUCAGGAGUGAAGGACAUGUGUGGCUAUCUGGAGAGUCCAGGUUGCAGAUUGCAAGUGCUCAGAUUGAAGGGCUGCAGUGUGUCAGCGAUCAGCUGUACUUUUUUGGUCUCAGCUUUAAAGACCAACCACUCCCAUCUGAGGGAGCUCGAUCUGAGCCAAAACAACCUACGGGAUCCAGAUGUGAAGCAGCUGUUGGAUCUUAAGGAAAGUCCUGACUAUAGACUGGAGACCCUGAGGUUGGAGUGAUAAUCUGUAUAACAAUGAGAGCAAACAGGACGACGAGUGGACGAGCUGUGACGAUCCACUGAGGUUGGAGCAGCAGCAGGUUGUCGGUUCCUGUAGAAAACCGGUUCCCAGUAUUCCAGUUUCUUGGACUUGUUAGUCCUCCUGUCUGUGUCCUUAUUAGGGAUUUGCACUGGUGCAUGGGGCUGUAGUUAAAUGGUGAUUAUGAGACAGAGUGUUUCAGCUAUUUUACUUGCUCCCAGAGCUAAUUAAGUAACAUACUACAUUACUUUUACGAUAAGCAUUCUGUGUAUUCUGUGUAAUAUUAAACACUGACUACAACAACGAGGGCAAAUACCUCAAACACGCACAGACGUUUGACUCCAGCAUGCAAUUAAUUUGCAUGAAUGUCAUUUCUUCUUGCUGCUUAGUGACGAUGGUGACUCUUAAAAUGGAGCCAAUGAAAAUCGAAUCAGAAUCACAAAAUUCUUAUCGAUUCCCAUCCGUAGCGUAGAUACUGUAACUCGGCUGUUUUACUGAGAGCUGGAUCAAGAACUGACACUGUGAGGUUUCAGGGUUUCAGUGAUCUUCUUCUACUCUGCACUGAGACGUUAGCCCCAGGUUCAUCUGGUCCUCCAAGUCUUUGCCAUGUCUGCUGCUCUGCUGUGGAUUCAAAAUGUUUGUGCUGCACACGGUGUCUUUAUGUGGCAGAGAUAAAUGUCUCCUUUAUCUCUGCCACAUAAAAGGCCGUUAAAUCACAAGUUUAAAUACCACAAAAACCUAAUGAAAUGCAAGUUUUUUUAAUGGUGAUGAGAUGAACACCCUGUGAUAUUACUUAAGUGAAGCUC